AGAAUAAGGAAGUAGUGACUGAGUGCCUUGCCGGUACAGCAGAUGCUGGAACAUACUGCAACAUUACUAUUCCCCAGGGCUUAUUGUUAUGUAAGUUCCUAUUCAGCUUCCUUUGUUUUCUUUCACUUCUGAGAACUUAACUUUCGUUUCUCACUCAGCUCCUGUGAGUGAAUCUGGUCCACGCCUGCUCCUGCCCUGCCCUCACUCUUCUCCCCUGAUUCAAGACUCCUCUACUUUGGACUGAAGCACUGCAGGAUUUUCUGACCAAGAAGUUCAAGAGUCAAGACAGAAAGAAGCCAAGGGAGCAGUGCAAUGGAUUUCUCAGUAAAGGUAGACAUAGAGAAGGAGGUGACCUGCCCCAUCUGCCUGGAGCUCCUAACAGAACCUCUGAGCCUAGAUUGUGGCCACAGCUUCUGCCAAGCCUGCAUCACUGCAAAGAUCAAGGAGUCAGUGACCAUCUCAAGAGGAGAAAGCAGCUGUCCUGUGUGUCAGAGCAGAUUCCAGCCUGGGAAGCUCCGACCUAAUCGGCAUCUGGCCAACAUAGUUGAGAGAGUCAAGGAGGUCAAGAUGAGCCCACAGGAGGGGCAGAAGAGAGACAUCUGUGAGCACCAUGGAAAAAAACUCCAGAUCUUCUGUAAGGAAGAUGGAAAAGUCAUUUGCUGGGUUUGUGAACUGUCUCAGGAACACCAAGGUCACCAAACAUUCCGCAUAAACGAGGUGGUCAAGGAAUGUCAGGAAAAGCUGCAGGCAGCCCUGCAGAAGCUGACAAAGGAGGAUCAAGAAGCUGAGAAGCUGGAAGAUGACAUCAGACAAGAGAGAACCAUCUGGAAGAAUUAUAUCCAGAUCGAGAGACAGAAAAUUCUGAAAGGGUUCAAUGAAAUGAGAGUCAUCUUGGACAGUGAGGAGCAGAGAGAGCUGCAAAAGCUGGAGGAAGGUGAAGUGAAUGUGCUGGAUAACCUGGCAGCAGCUAGCGACCAGCUGGUCCAGCAGAGGCAGGAUGCCAGCAAGCUCAUCUCAGAUCUCCAGCGGAGGUUGAGGGGGUCGUCAAUAGAGAUGCUGCAGGAUGUGAUUGACGUCAUGAAAAGGAGUGAAAACUGGACACUGAAGAAGCCAAAACCUGUUUCCAAGAAACUGAAGAGUGUAUUCAGAGCACCAGAUCUCAGUAGGAUGUUGCAAGUUCACAAAGAGCUGACAGAUGUCCAGUGCUACUGGGUGGACGUGAUGCUGAAUCCAAACAGUACCAUUUCGAAUGUUGCUGUUUCUGUGGAUCAGAGACAAGUGGCAACUGUACGCACCUUCACAUUUAAGAAUUCAAAUCCACGUGAUUUUUCUGAUUUUGGUGUCUUGGGCUGCCAAUAUUUCUCUUCGGGGAAAUAUUACUGGGAAGUAGAUGUGUCUGGAAAGAUUGCCUGGAUCCUGGGCGUAUACAGUAAAAUAAGUAGUCCUAAUAAAAGGAAGAGCUCUGGGUUUGUUUUUGAUCCGAGUGUAAAUUAUGCAAAUGUUUAUUCCAAAUACAGACCUCAAUAUGGCUACUGGGUUAUAGGAUUACAGAAUACAUGUGAAUAUAAUGCUUUUGAGGACUCCUCCUCGGCUGAUCCCAAAGUUUUGACUCUCUUUAUGGCUGUGCCUCCCUGCCGUGUUGGGGUUUUCCUAAACUAUGAGGCAGGCAUUGUCUCAUUUUUCAAUGUCACAAACCAUGGAGCACUCAUCUACAAGUUCUCUGGAUGUCGCUUUUCUCAACCUGCUUAUCCGUAUUUCAAUCCUUGGAACUGCCAAGUCCCCAUGACCCUGUGCCAACCGAGCUCCUGAGUGUUCUCAUUCCCUUACCUAUUUCUGCAUAGUAGCCCUUGUGCUGAGAUUCAGAUUCUGCACCUGAGUUCAUCUCCACUGAGACCAUCUCUUCCUUUCUUUCCCCUUCUUUUACUUAGAAUGUCUUUGUAUUCAUUUGCUAGGGCUUCCAAAACAAAGCAUCAUAGACUGCUGAUUUAAACUGUAAUUGUAUUGUUACUGUGGGCUGGAAAUCCAAAAUCUAGAUUCCAGCAGAGUUGGUUCUUUCUGAAGUCUGCAAGGAAGGGCUUUGUUCCAUGCCUCUCUCCUUGACUUGUAGACAGCAUCUUCUCCCUGUGACUCUUCACAUUGUCUGUAUGUACAUCUCUGUGCACAAGUUUUCCCUUUUCAUUAAGACACCAGUCAUACUGGCUCAGGGCCCACCGCUAAUGCCUUAAUGAAAUCAUUUUAACAUUAUAUUCUCCACAAAGACCUUAUUUCCAAAUAAGGUAAUAUUCGGAGGUAUUGGGAAUAAAAACUCCAACAUAUAAAUUUGAGGAAGUCACAGUUUAACUUGUAAUAAUCUUACCCUUUCUUGCAAGAGAUGCUUGUACAUUAUUAUUCCUAGUAUCUUGGUUUCACUAGUAGUAAAUAAUAUAUAUAUUUUUUGUAUUUGCAAGGGAAAUACAUCUAAUCCCUCCUAUAGAAAGAAGAGUAUUACUGUAAUUCCUUUGCAGUCUCUUUUCUUCCUCAUUUACUCUGCCCCUUAAAAGAUUGAAGAAAGAGAAACUUGUAAACUCAUAUCUAGCAAAGUACAUAAGAAUCCGUCACUAAAUAAUGUAUCCUUGAGAAUGUGUUGGUUUACCAGUGACACCCCAUAUUCAUCACAAAAUUAAAGCAAGAAGUCCGUAGUAAUUUAUUUACUAAUAGUGGAUUUUUAAUGCUCAGAGUUUCUGAGGUCAAAUUUUAUCUUUUCACUUACAAGCUCUAUGAUCUUAAAUAGUUUACUUAAUGCUUUUGGUGUAUUUUCCUCAAAUUAAUAUUGAUGUUCAAGAUUGUAUCUAAUUCCUCUGAUAACUUUGAGAAGCAAACUUUUAUUAAAUGUAAGGCACUUUUCUAUGAAUUUUAAAUAUAAACAUAAAUAUCGUUCUGAUUAUUACUGAAAAAAUGUCAGCCAUUGCAAUGUCUUGGGAAACAAUUUUUUGUUUUUGUUCUGUUUUCUUUUUGCUUCAAUAAAACAAUACUUGGCUCUA